CGUCUGUCGUCAUUUCCGGAUAUUAAAGAGCUCUCGCUUUGGGCACAACUCAGGCGACCCAUGCUAGUUGCUUAUGGGUUUCACCAAAUUAAAAAGUGAAAGGUUCAGAGAAAUUGCUGCACGUGUCUCCCCAGGAUCAAUUUAAAACAGCUCUCCCUGAUCCAUGCUACGGGCCAUGGAUAUGGACAUUCCCGUUACCCUUGUCAUCAAGGCCCCCAAUCAGAAGUAUGAUGACCAGACAAUAUAUUGCUUCUUGAACUGGACGGUGGAAAAGCUGAAAACUCACAUCUCACACGUUUAUCCCAGUAAGCCGAGCUCCAAGGACCAGAGGUUAGUGUACUCGGGGAAGCUGCUCUCCAACGACCUGCAACUCAAGGAUGUCCUGAGAAAGCAGGAUGAGUACCACAUGCUCCACCUGGUGUGCGCCUCCCGAACUCCGCCGGCCUCCCCUCAGCCGCACAGAAGACGCACUAAGAGCAAGUCCCACUCCAGCUCCAGCUCCAGCGCGGACCCUCGGCCGUCUAGCACAGAGAGUGGCAGCACUGCAGCAGGCCAGUCACAUGUUCCAGGGCCGCACACAGGCGGGCAGAACCAGCCAGGUCACUUCAUCAACACUGCAGCACAUCCUGCCUUUGCACAAGGUCACUGGCUCCAGUUCCCCCAGGUGGCCGGUCAUCCCUACGGCACGGCCGCUCCCAUCAGUCCCAUGAGCCUGCUGUGGUGGCAGCAGGCCUACGCCUGGCAGCUCUACAUGCACCAACAAGCCUCAUUGGCUGCAUAUUAUCAGACAGCACCGCCCAUUCCUCCUACGGGCCAAUCGGAGCAGCCCAGAGAGGAGCAGCCGGCUGCUCCUGCUGACCCCAUUGGUGGGGAGGGGCAGGAUGGCGAGGAUCAGAACCGUGAUUGGCUGGAUUGGGUGUACACGGGGGCCCGGGCAGUCGUCCUGCUCAGCAUCAUCUACUUCUACUCCUCCUUCAAUCGAUUCGUCAUGGUCAUUGGAGGCAUGCUGCUGCUCUACCUUCAUCAAGCCGGCUGGCUCCCUUUCAACCUCGAGCACGAGCUACAGAACCUUGUAGACGCGGGCAACCAGGACGAGCUGGACGGGGAACUUAAUGACCUCCAGGACAUGGAUCGUGUGAUGGACGACGGCUUUGGAGACGAGGACGGGGACAGCGGCGAGGAGGGUAGCGAGGCACCCCCGGGAGAAGAUGACCAAAGCGGCUUUUUCUCCUCCGCCUGGUCCUUCAUCACCACCUUCUUCACUUCCCUUAUCCCUGAGGGCUUGCCCAACGCAGCAAACUGAAUCAUGGGAGUUGUAUUUCAAUAUAACAUGAUUGCACUCUGGGGCCCCUAUCCACUGUGACAAGGAGCAACUUGUGCCUUUGUUUGCUCUCGUGGGGUCCUCAUUGAGUUUGUCAGAGGACACGUGUUUAGGAGCUUCAAAACAAAAGACUGUGGGGUACAUCAUUUUCAAAUUGUAGGUCCUAUGCACAUUCCCUCAAACUGUGAAUAAAACAUUUGAGCAGGUCCAUGUAAGCAGGAAGAGGAUGAGUGACUGAGUGAGUGAGUGAGUGAGUGAGUGAGUGAGUGAGUGAGUGAGUGAGUGAGUGAGUGAGUGAGUGAGUGAGUGAGUGAGUGAGUGAGUGAGUGAGUGAGUGAGUGAGUGAGUGAGUGAGUGAGUGAGUGAGCGAGCGGGCGAGCGGGCGAGCGAGCAAGAGUGAGAGAAAAUAGAGAUAAUGUGUCUUAUUUCAAUCAGCAGUCUUAAAUUGAACGAAGAGUGAUGUGAGAGAGACUGAGUCCCUCUGUGUAAUAGCUGAUUUGAGAGAAACCGAGUCCCUCUGUGUGGUAGCUGAUUUGAGAGCAGACUCUGUGUGUGUGUUCAGUAGUUGGAGAGAAGAGCAGAUCGUCUUCGUGAGUGGUUUUGUACAUCAUGGCAGAACUGUGAGUUAGCCUCUAUGGCUGCAUUGUUACAUUGUCAUUUUAAUGUUUAAAAAUGUUAUCUAUUUUCGUUAAAAAACAAAUUAAGAAGUUUGGAACUUAUGAGUCUUUAGGUACCCCCUAAUCUGUGUGGUCAGUAUGUGAUCGUCUCGCUCAUAAAUCAAUGCUUGUUUGAUGUUUGAAGUGUUAUAAAGGGUGGUCCAGAAACCAAGUGAAU